AUGUCUACCCACAAGCUGCAAAAGAUAGGUUUGACGAGGACGGCACCGGUGCAAGGCGAGGGCAAUGACAAUGACAAUUGCACUGAACAAGCCGCAAUGCGACCCGCCAUGGGCGUUAGGCGACUGUUCUCCUUCACCCAGCUGUACUUUUUCGCCCUCAGCUACAUGUCCUCAUGGGAGGCCAUGGCCACAAACAUCGGUCUGGUGUUUUAUAACGGUGGUCCGCGCGCCAUGGUAUGGGGCUUCUUCAUCGUAAUCGCCGGUGUGCUCUGCCAGGUCGCCUCACUGUCUGAGAUGGCUUCCGUACAGCCCAUUGCCGGUGGACAGUAUCACUGGACAUGGCAUUGGGCCCCGCGGCGAUACCAGCGAUCAAUUACGUGGCUCCAGGGAUGGGUGACGUGGUUUUCGUGGAUAUCUAUCCUCGCUGGUGUCGUCAACGUUGCGGCCAACGUGACAACCACGCUCGUGGCGGCCAAUUAUCCUAGUUACGUCUUGCAAGGCUGGCACACUGUCCUGGUUAUGUACGCAUACUUGCUCGUGCUCGGAGGACUCAACAUGUACGCAUUCUGGUUGAUUCCUUGGGUCGAAGUGCUCGCCGGUUUGCUGCAUAUUGUCCUUUGGAUCGUAGUCGCCACGGUCUUGCUCACGCUGGCCCCCCGCCACACCGCUGAAUUCGUCUUCUUCGAGAAGUCCAAUUUAUCAGGCUGGAACAACGACUUCGUUGCCUUCAACCUCGGCAUCGUUCUCAUUACUUGGGGCUUCGUCGGCUUCGACGCUUCCGCCCAUCUAGCAGAGGAGACCCGCAAGGCUCGGUUAUCGACUCCACGUGCCAUGUUCUGGUCGAUAUGCAUGAAUGGGUUGCUUGCGUUUGGCAUGAUUGUCAUAUUCUUGACCUGCCUUGGUGAUGUGGAUGACGUCCUGACAGCUACCUACCCUCUGCUGGCCAUUUCCUUGAACGCAACAAAUUCUGUCGCCGGUGCCUCUGCUCUCCUCGUUGGCUUCCUGUUCACCGUCAUAUCGGUCUCCAUUGGCUCCGUCGCAGACGGCGCGCUGCCUGCAUAUUUCUCCUACGUCGACCCCAAGCAACGUAUUCCUGUAAGAUCCGUCUGGUUGCCGCUGAUCAUUGUUGCUGUCUUGGCGCUCCUGAAUCUUGCCAGCUACACGGCCUUCAGCGUCAUCAUCUCGCUAUCGACGUUCGGGUUGUACCAGUCGUACUUCCUCUCCAUUGGUUGCAUGCUAUAUGCUCGUACUCGUGGUCACUUCCAUACAGCGCCGUGGUCGCUCGGAAAAGCUGGCAUUCCUGUCAACAUUUUUGCAAUGCUGUACAGUGCAUGGCUUGGAAUUUUCAUGUGUUUCCCCAACUACCUACCUAUUACGGCCGGUCUCAUGAAUUACGCUCUUCCGAUCAACGCCGUGAUUUGGAUCUUCGCCUUUGGUUCGUGGUUCGCUUGGGGCAGGAAGCGGUGGCCUGGCUUGGAUGUAGAAGUCAUCGAGUACAUCGUCGCCGACGGCGACCGCGACACGAAGGAGUAA